GCAGACACAGGUUCACUCGAAGCCCUGCCCUGCCCUGCCGACAGACACGCGUGUCCCACACGGUCUGUCCGUCUCAGCGCCGUCCGCUUGUCUGCGCCGUCUUUGACGUACGCGGUGCGUCUCUGGUUUGGUUUCGAGUCCACCAUGACGAGUCAGUCCCAGGGGAUUCAACAACUCCUGCAGGCUGAGAAGCGAGCUUCUGAAAAGGUGUCAGAGGCGAGAAAACGCAAGACACGCCGUCUAAAACAAGCCAAGGAGGAGGCACAGGCAGAGAUCGAUCAGUACCGGCUCCAGCGCGAGAACGAAUUCCGCAAGAAACAGGACUCCAUAAUGGGCUCGCAGGGUAACAUGUCGACCAAGAUCGAUGAGGAGACGCGGACCCGCAUCCAAACCGUACGCGGGAACUACCAGACCAACCGGGAGAUGGUUCUAAAGCAGCUGCUCGCCAUCAUCAGCGACAUCAAGCCCGAGAUACACCAGAAUUAUCACAGCUGAACAGUGGCGUGCGACUCACGGGGCAAGAUGGAACCGUGUAGAAUCGUUGCAGGAAAUUCAGCUCGACCAUCGCACGCAGCGUGUAAACACCAACCCAGCUAAUAGUGUCAAAGCAGAUAACCUAUUUAAGUAUAGCUUGCUAAAAUUAAAACUAGGUUAUAUUUCCUCUCCAAAUAACUUGAUAACACUUAUCAUUAAGAGAUAUGCACAUACACCUUUACCAUAAGAACCUGGUUGUGUAAUUUAUAUUUAAUUUAAAAUUACUGGUGUUGGAUAAAUACAGGUGAUGAUUUGUGUGAAUUAUUGUAUAAAUGCGUGUGGUGGUUGAUAAAGCGUCGUCAUUAAACGAAUGUCCACGUAUUCCAAA